AUGUCGAUUCCGCCGAGAGUAGCUGCGGCUAUUCCUGGCAGUUCAUCCGUCCGUCGCUCCCCAAAGAGGCAACGGCUUGUUGAAUCUGACGAUUCCAGUGAUAGCUCCUCAAGCGACGAAGAACAAGUCGGAAUCGUACGAGUUUUUGGUGUACCGAGAACGGUGGGUUUUGCUACCGAAGCUAGCUCCUCAAGCGACGAAGAAGAAGAAGAAGUCGGAAUCGCACAAGCUGUUGUUGUACCGAGAACGGCGGCUAUUGCUACCGAAGCCAGCUCCUCAAGUGACGAAGAAGAAGAAGAUCUCUUAAUCUUAGAAGUCGGUGGUGUACCGAGAUCGGCGACAAACAGCACCCCGGAGGCUUCUUCUUCUUCUUCUUCUUCAUCGCCUCAAUCCGUAAAAUUGAAAAGCUCCGAUGUUCUCGACUGUCCUACUUGCUGCGAGCCACUCAAGAAACCAAUCUAUCAGUGUAGCAAUGGACACGUGGCUUGUUCACAAUGCGUCACAAAAGUGAAGAAUCGAUGCCCGUUCUGUAGAUCUCACAUCGGUGACAUUCGAUGCCUAGUAAUGGAGAAGAUCAUCGAAGCAACGAUAGUCCCAUGUAAAAACGCUGUUUACGGAUGCAAAGAAACAACCACAUACGGAAACCAAUUAAGCAGACACGAGGAGCUCUGUGGUUACAUCCCUUGCUCUUGCCCGUUACCUGGCUGCGACUACACCGGCUCCUACACCGAUCUCAAAAGCCACGGCCUUUCUUCGCACUCUUGGGACAAGGACAACCACACCCAGUUUGCGCUCGACGAGCCUUUCAUGUUUACUUUGAACCUCGGUAAGGGGAAAGUGACGGUUCUCCGGGAAAAGAACGACGGCGAUUUGAUUGUUGUUCGAGGUUUUAAAAAAACGCACGGUCUGUUUGUUACCGUGAGCUGUAUCUCUCCGAUGACUCCUGGAAUGCGCACCUAUUCCUGCAGUCUCGCCAGGCUGGACGCCUUUACCUCAUUGAGGCUUGGAUUGAUGGUGAAGAAGAUUCAGAGAGUGGAUGAGGGAGAAGAAGAACCCAAAGAUGGCUUCUUGUUCAUACCAUCUUAUAUGUCGGAUGGUAAUUAUUACCAAAAGCUGCAGAUUUGCAUUGGUCGUGAAUAUAAGUAUGUUCAUAUCUGA